AUUUCUGUGCUACUAUAAUAAAUAGAAGAUAAGUUUUUCAAGGUGAUAUCUUGACUGCUGUACUUACGGGUAGGGAUGGGCGAAUUUUUUCGACUUGUUUUGCCUCAAAAAUGACGCCCAUAGACUUGUAUGGCGUUGUGCGUAAAAAAAAAAACCUAAAAAAAGACGCACGCCAAAACAAUUUAGCCGCGCGACAAUUUUUUUUUGACAUUUCGAUGGCGGCAAAUUUUUGGCGGAACAAAACGGGUCAAAUUCGCCCAUCCCUACUUACGGGUCAUUCACAUUGAAUUUGACAAUAGGGAAUUAUUAACAAGAUUGCUCCUUUCCUUUAAAUUUGUAAAUAAAAUAAAAACUUAUAUAAUUGAAUUUAACGCUAUUACCUUCACUGCACCCCACAUCAUUUAACCAUUUUUUUUUAAUUAAAAAUAUAAGUCAAAGGAAUAAUUUUUGGUAACAAGUCCAUAGACUAGGCAAACACUGGAUAUUAGUAUGACGAUGUAUUUUUCUCAUAAAAGACAUUUUACAAAUCAUGUUUUUUUUAUUACAGAACCUAAUGAUCUACAGCGGAAAGAAUUACAACAGAAGAAGGAUUUGCUAAGUCAAAAUAUUGAGGAAUUGAAACUUACCUUUAAUGGCAGACCCACAAAUUUUAAAAGUAAAGAAAAUGAUUUGCCCCCUGAAGCACAAGAGAAAGCUUCCAAGGUCCAGGAAAUACAAGAAAAGAUGAAAAAGCUGAUUCAUACAGUAAAGGGCAAACACAGGAAAGAAAUACCAGUACCGGACACCAGGGAUGCCUCAGCUACACCUGUAACAGAGUCACCUGGAUUACUACAAAAGGGCAAAGACCGUUUGCGACAAAUUGCUGAGAAAGGAGAUGCUGCGAAGAAGAAAGUAUCAGAUAUGAUAGAUGAUCUCAAGAACACCAAAGAUUCUGCAAAGAAGAAAUUAACAGAUAUUCUGAGUGAUCUCAAGAACAGCAAGGAUUCCAAGGUCCAGGAAAUAAAAGAUACGAUGGAGGAGUUGCUUGAUGCCAUGAAAGAGAAAUACAGGAAAGGAAGUUUUCAACUGAAUACAGACCAACCAGUAGAAGAUAUGCUGAAAGAAGCAUUUGAAAAUCUGGAAAAACUAAGAAAAAUAAUCACAACAAUCAUUUGCGUACUUAGCCUGAUUUGUGUUGGAAUUCUCGUGUGUGUUGCUGUAUACAGAACUUGUCACCGAAGAACUGAAAAGGAUAAAGUAAGCCAAAUGGAGCAAGGCACUUCAUAAGUUCAACUGGUCCUACUUCGGUGAAUCUAGAAUACAGAUCAGGAGAGAGUUAUUUCAAGGAAUGGAGCUGCCUGAUAUCUUCAAGACAAAUCUUCCAAGGCAUAUUUAGAAACACACAAGCUAUAGAGCAGUGGUCCCCAACCAGUAGCUCGUGAGCAACAUGUUGCUCUCCAGCCC